AUGAACCUGGACCUAUCGAGUAUCAAAUAUGUGGUCUUUGAUGAGGCCGAUAGAUUGUUUGAGAUGGGUUUCGCUGCACAGCUGACCGAAAUUUUGCAUGGUUUACCUGCUACUCGCCAGACUCUACUAUUCUCAGCAACACUUCCCAAAUCAUUGGUAGAGUUCGCCAGAGCUGGUCUUCAAGACCCCACCCUGAUUCGUUUGGAUACCGAAGGCAAGAUCUCACCCGAUUUGCAGAAUGCAUUCUUCACCGUCAAGACAGCGGACAAGGAGGGAGCCCUACUUCACAUUUUACAUGACGUGAUCAAAAUCCCCACCGGUCCAACCGGCGUUUAUUUUCGUUCAAACGAAGAUGAUGAAGAAGAAGAAGACGGAAGGAGACCUAGGAAACGCAAGCGUUUUGAUUCCAACAAAGCUGGAAAGCAUACUGAGUCGCCUACUAAGCAUUCCACGAUUAUCUUUGCUGCUACGAAACAUCACGUUGAUUAUAUAGCUUCUAUGCUGCGCGAAGCCGGAUUUGCAGUAUCGUAUGCAUACGGUUCCCUUGAUCAAACGGCAAGAAAUAUCCAGGUUCAACGGUUCAGGGCCGGAGCCACAUAUAUAUUGGUCGUCACGGAUGUUGCUGCUCGUGGUAUCGAUAUCCCGAUUCUAGCCAACGUCAUCAACUACGAUUUUCCUUCUCAGCCCAAAGUUUUUGUUCACCGUGUUGGACGAACGGCGCGUGCUGGACAAAAAGGUUGGAGUUAUAGUCUUGUUCGAGAUGCAGAUGCUCCUUAUCUUCUUGAUCUGCAAUUGUUCCUGGGCCGAAAAUUGGUUCUCGGUCGACCGGAAACAGAACCGAAUUUUGCAGAAGAAGUAGUUAUUGGAGGCUUUCCACGGGAUACUCUGUCUGGUCACUGUGAAUGGGUUACAAAGACACUGGACAAUAACUCCGACCUUCAAGCCCAAAGAGGUGUUGCAAACAGAGGAGAGAAACUUUAUAUGCGAACGAGAAACGCAGCAUCACUAGAAAGCGCCAAACGAGCAAAAGAAGUUGUCACUUCUGAUAAGUGGACGACAGUGCAUGCUCUCUUUACUGAGGAAAACAACCAGAUGGAAGUUGAGCGCGAAAAAAUGCUUGCUCGUUUAGGUGGAUACCGGCCACAAGAGACAAUUUUUGAGAUUGGUGGCCGUCGAGGAGGUAAAAAGGGCACAGACGAGACUUUCGAGACGAUUAAGCGAGUGCGAUCUGCUCUGGAUAAGAAGAAGAAACCAUCAGCUCCCACGACGGAGACUGUUGAUGCCAAUGCUGAUGAGAAAGACGACGUUGAGAUGGACAAUGGGUUCUCCGAUGAAGACGACGAAACCCCUAAGGAUAAUCUGGAUAAUAUGUCGAUGGCCUCUGAGUCCGAUCUCGAAGUCACAUUCUCACAGUACUCCCAAUCCAAUAAAAACAAAUCCAAAAAGGGCUCUGGCGCCGAUGCCACCACAUUCCAGAAUCCAGAUUAUUUCAUGGCUUAUACGCCCGCUGACGCAUCUCUUGUCGAGGAUCGCGCCUACGGAGUCCAUUCAGGCUCCAGUUCCAACUUUGCCCUCGCCUCGCGUGACGCAACCAUGGACCUGACCGCGGACGAAAAAGCCGGUUUCGGCGAGGCACAAUCUUCAAUGCGCUGGGACAAACGACACAAGAAAUACGUCUCUCGACGCAACGACGAGGACGGAUCUCGAGGCGGCUCAGCCCUUAUUCGUGGUGAAAGCGGUACCAAGAUCGCUGCCAGCUUCCGUAGCGGUCGCUUCGACGCCUGGAAAAGGGGCAAGCGAAUGGGUCGCAUGCCUCGCGUCGGAGAAAUGGAGAAUACCACGCUUUCUGGUGAUCUGAAUGCUUCCAUCUCCGGAGGACGGAAGUAUAAGCAUAACAAGCAACAAGCGCCGAAACAGUUGGAUAGACUUCGUGGUGAUUAUGAAAAGAAGAAGAAGAAAUGGGAUGCUGCGAAAGAUGCUGCUGCGGCUGCGGCUGGUGGUAAUGAAGCUGCCGGUAAUAGAAAGACAAAGAACGAGAUACGGAAUAAUGAGGAUAUUCGAAAGGCGAGAAAUCUCAAGGAGAAGAGGAGGGAGAAGAAUGCUCGGCCGUCUAAGAAGGGACGGGGAGGGUUCAAAGGACGGCGGUAG